AUGUCGGCGGCAAAGGAAACUGGAUCACCAUCCGCCAAUGCAUCAUCAUCAACCUCCGAAGUGCCCUUUUUGGUAACCCAUUGGUUGGCCAAUUACAACAACAACAACAACAACAACAACAUCAGCAAUGGUAGCAGUACCGCCAAUUUGAGUCCAGAACAAAAGGAAGCUAUUGUUAAGAUUCGCAAGGCCACUGCGCAAAUUGCUUCAGCCUUUACGUCCUUGGGCGCCUUUGGACAAUCCAUGCCACCACCUUCCUUGGGGUCCUCGUUUUUAAUGCAAUCUGAAGCGAAGCACGCCACUUAUUCAGAUCUGCAACGAAAGUGGGCUGGAUUGUCGCCCCUCCAUUUAGAGCAUUUGGUGCAGGCCACCAUCACGAAUAACCAAUUUGCAGACAAUGCUGUCAAAGGACAAAUCAAUCUUUUGCAAGCUUCGGAGGAAUCUACAACGCGUACGAUUGCACCAGGUACUGGACGGACGUUGCAGGAUGCCAUUGCAGUGGACGACACCACCCAAGAGGAACAAAAAGAAGGAGAAGAAGAAGAUCUAAGCGAAAUUUCGUUUCUAGGGCGAACAUCGGCAUUGCACCCCCCAGUCUUGAUGGCAUUGGAUCACAGCGCAACCGCUGGAAAUGAAUUAAAAACUCAGGACGCUGGAGAAUCAUCAUCAUCAUCAUCAUCAACUGCUCUGCAAAAGGUGCCAGUAUCCUCCACUUAUUCUAGUGCCCAGCAUGUCGCAUCCGAUGUCAUGGAACAAUAUCUGACAGUUCGAGAAACGGUCCGAGUGAAUCAGCUUGAAGUUAAAAGGCUGCAAAAGGCUCUUGCCAAGCAGGAGCACACUUCCAAAAUUCUAACGGAGCAAUUUCAAAGGAUCACCAACGAUGCGGAAAUGGAACCGGCCGAUAAGAUACAGCAACUAGAAGAAAUCAAGAAGAAGCGAGAAGUUCCAGGUCGUGUCAUUACACAGUUGCGACGAAAACUCGAAGAAGUCCAAGAAAUACUGGCCAAGUCCAAUCCUGAAUUAUCAAAACUGGAACAACAGAUACACACCAAGAAUUCGCACCGUCAAAGGUUGCUCCAAAACUAUCGCGAUCCCUUUUAUUCUUCUGGCAAGAGAGGCAUUCUGGGUGCGGUUUUGGGACGUCAGCAUGGAAUGGUGCGAACACGGGCUGGCACAUCAAGUGCUCGAACAAUCUUUCGUGGAGAGUUCAACCCCAGUCACUUUGAAAACAUGCGAAAGGCCUUGUUGUCUCGGCGAUUAUCCCAUGCAGCCACCAUUAAUGCCCACUUGACGUAUCCAGUGUAUUGCCUUCGAUUUGACCGAACGGGCCGCUAUUUCAUUACGGGGGCUGACGACUACCUCAUCAAGGUCUUUUAUUUGGGAGCAGGCCAAUCUUGUAUCAGAAAGGAUCCAACUGAUGGCAGCCGACAAUUGAAAUGUAACUAUGGUGCCAACCUUCGAGGGGCAGUCUUGGUUUGUUCUUUGCGGGGUCACGCCGGUGUGAUUAAUGAUAUUGAUAUCUCCGCGGACAAUUGCUUGUUGGCAACCGCUUCUGUGGACGGAGAUGUCCGGGUCUGGGGGUUGCGGGACGGCUGUCCUAUUGCGAUCUUGCGGGGACACAAAGGUGGUGCGAAUAUGGUGUCCUGGUCGACGCUGACACCCUAUCGGUUAGUCAGUACUGGGUCCGAUGGCUAUGCUCGACAAUGGGAUGUACGACAGGCAUGCCUCAAGCGAUAUGGUCGAGUUGUGGGAAAGCGAGAAGAAUAUCGACUGCGGCUUAAUGCUCGAGAAAAGGAAGCUGAAGAUACUAGGAGACGGAGUGGCAAUACCUUUCAAAUACGAUCGCCAGCCUUGCUUCCACCAUUGCCAGUUCGAGAAGGUGCUCCAGCUCCAGCUCCAGCUCCAGCAGUAGCCCCAUCCCCACAAGCAGCGGCUCGAGAGACAAAUCAAAGAGCUUCGCCCACUGGUAGAGUUGUAGUUCCACCAUUGCCUGCAGAUGUGCCACCGCUACCAGCAGCUGCAGCCCCACAACCAGUGGCUCGAGAGAAUAAUCAAAUGGCUUCGCCUCCUGGUAGAGUUGUCGUUCCGCCGUUGCCUGCAAAUGUGCCGCCGCUACCAGGCAUGGGAGGUAACAAUGCUGGCCAAAACAAUGGGGACGAUGAUAAUACUCCUGGUCAAUUCGUUGCGAAUGAUCUUUUGGAUGAAGGCGUGAAGUUGUUGGCCAAGUUCAAGCACGGAACAACGGGCGAGGGUGCAACAGGACCAGGGACUCGCGCCAGAACUGCCGCAGUCAAGGUCAUUUGUGUGGCCCGUAGUCCUGUGGGAGGUCACUUUACCACGGGAUGUGAUGACGGUAUUUGUCGGGUUUGGCCCGACAGCGAGGAUCUGCGGGUAAAGGUCGUUGAUCAACGAAAGCUGAAGGGGAUGAACAAUGCAAGAGAAAAUUCUGCCCCACGCAAGGAACGAUCAAACCCGGUCGACCAACCGUUGUUGCAAUUGAUUGGCCAUGUUAGUGCCAUCACCGAUCUUUCUUACUCUCACGCUGGUGAAAGAAUUCUCAGUGCCAGCCAAAAGGAAGGGGUCAUUCGAAUUUGGUCAAUGCAAGAGAAGCUGCUAGAAUUGGAAAGCCAAAGCAGCGGAUCCAACGAUACCCGAAUCCGGCAUAUUGUAAUAAAGCUGACAAACCCAGGGUCCUCUGGUGAUUCGUCGGGGUCCUCACGGCGCCGUCCUGGCCAAAGCUCGCAACGAAAAUCAUCUAGAGUGUCUUGUGAUGCCGCAGUAUGGUCGCAUGAUGACUCAAAAAUGUUGACAUCCCAAAGUGUUCUUGUCAAGCAAAAUGGCACUGAAGUCCAACCUGGAUCACAAUACUUGUUCGUAUGGGACAGUCUUACUGGUCAAUGUCUAAUCGGAAUCUCAGGAGCCCACUCCAUGCAAUGUCCUGUCGUCAUUCCUCAUCCUGCCGAUGCUUCACUUGUUUGCACAGCAGGAGCUGAUGGCGAGGCUAAGGUCUGGGAUUUGGAAUCUGGAAGUUGCGUCUUCACGCAUACCAACAAAAUUGAAUUCGGUCCUUCAGUGGACCCUGCAGAUAGAAACAAGGUUGCCGGGUAUUUGGAUGGAUACUUUUCUCCGGAUGGUACCACAGUUGUCCUGACUGACGACGAUGGUAGAAUAACGAUAUUGGACUGUUCGACUACUAUGGGAAGGAAUACUUCAAGUUGGGUACGGGAACAGUAUUUUGCAAACGACUACUACGAGUUGAAAUACGACAGAACAGGAUAUUGCAUUGAAAGGGGAUCAGAACGACCACCACAUCUUGCUCCUAGAGGAGUUCGCUGCACUCAUUCAGGCACUCCAUAUCCCGAUGAAAUCAACGAAGCGUUUGGCCGUAGCCGUUUGAUUGGACCGAUGCCAUUGUCAGAGAAACUUUGUCGUUGGCGCCGCAACCAAAUUCGAGGAAAAUCAAGUUCGUUAGAGAAACAGAUAGUGCCUGCAUCUCAAUCUGGCUUCGGUGUAGCGAUUCGUCGCGGAAUCAAAGAAUUCGAUGCGAACUCUACAAUCAUUAUUCGAGGGUCCUGUCACGUUGAAGUUGAGAAGAGUGAUUCUGUAACUCAACCAAUACAGAGCAAUGAACGACAAACCACGAGCCCUUCAGGAAAUGGAUCAUCCAAUAAUAAUUCACAGAGGAGCCUUUCCAACAACUUUCAGUGGCGAGAUUACGAAGACAUGCUUCAUGACCAAGGAGACGAUGACAUUGAUUCCCAGGAUGAAGAAUUUGAGCCAACUUCAAGAGGCAGACGCCUAAAUGAUGAUGGGGAGAACUCUGAUGACGAUGAUGAUAUUGACGAAGAAAUGUACGAUGUCGAAGAAGAAAAUGAUUCAUCUCGUCGCAACUCUAGGCGAAGACGCAGUCAGGGACUUGUUGAGGAAAGAAGGAGUAGAAGACGGAACAGGCGACAAGACAGUCAAUUUGUGGACAUUGGUUCGGAUGAUGAGGAAAUAGCAGAGUUCAUGAGCACCAACAACACGCCUUCUGGCGACUAUCUGCGAGACUUCAACAUAGCCGGCCAUUUCUGGAGGCUUUCUGGAAGCCGAAAUGUGAAGCGUUCGUGGCUCAAGCGUUUUGAAAGUGACACGUCCUACAAGGGCCUGAAGACAUAUACGCCGCAGCUCGGUGAUUCGGUGGUAUAUAUUCCCCGAGCUCAUUACGAGAGCAUCAAAGACUUUCCCAGCUUAUCCCCUCCUUGGCAAAGAUGGCCAGAUGGUGCUGUUUGGCCCAUCGUCAGAUGUCGGAUUCGCGGUAUUCGCUACCGAUUUCCAUAUAUCGACUAUUACAGAAGAGGAAGUACCUCUUGCACAAGCAUUGUUGCAAUCCUGACGCUGGAGGUGACUGGUAUCCCUGAACUGUCCACUGAUCGCGAAUUCCCUUGGCCUAAGCCUUCGUUUGUCCAACCAACGAGGAAGAAUGUUUUUGAGUUGAGCCUCUUUGAGAUUGAGCAAAGCGAGUUUCUUUUGCCCGAGAAUCAAUACUUGAAGAGGAUGCUGUCACUGGAGACAGCGGUGAGGCAGAAUGCAAUGGAUUUCAGUGGGCUGGAGGUCACGGUUUGCUACGCCGAGAAUGGCGAUGAUGCUGAAUUUGGCACCUAUCCAGCGAAGAUUGAUGAACUUGAAGAAGAAGAAGAUUUUGCUCAUGCGAGUCUUAGAGGAAGUGGUUUUGGUACUUUGAAUUUGACUUGCCAAGGAUUCACUUCUCAAUUCAGUCCAUGGGAAAUUGAAGCUGCCAACACAGAAAUUGAUAGACCCAGUCUAAGUGAUGAAGAGAAGAAACUCGUCAUGGACAAUUUGAACGAACAGCUCAAAAAGAACGAAGUUAGAGAGUACUUCAGCCGGCGGGUGAAUCAGGUUCGAUACUCUGACUACUGGAGCAUGGUGGAGGUCGAAAUGAGCUUGUUCUUCAUUAAGCGUCGAUUGGAAGCAAAUUACUACGGUUCGAAGUUGAGUGUAGUUGGUGAUGUUCGCCUCAUUCGGGACAACUGCAUCAAAUAUAAUUCUAUGGAAAAUGAGCUCUCCGGAAUCGCAUGUGAGAUGUGUGAUGAAUUUGAGAGCAAAGUAUUAUCUGAGACUGAGAGAGUUCAGCUCAUCACCGAAGAUGAAUUCAACAAUCUCGUGAACUCUUCUCAAGCGUCAGAAACCUCGGUUCGCUUACGGGCACGUGACUCGCGGCGACCUUCGUCAUUGGAGACUUUGCCGCAACCUGGGCUUUCCUCUCAACGCAGAUUAUUGCAAAAUGAAGGAGACGCCUUCAGACCACGUCGGUCAAGCAGGUCUCUUGACACCAAUCCAGGAACAGAGGUCCUCGGCCGAAUGACAAGGCGCCGAGGUGGACCUCUUCCAUCCUACAAUGAAGAUGCAGACAACGAUGAUGAUUUUGAUAGACCGGAGGAAGAGGAGAGUGGAAGAAGAAGUAGUUCACGAAGAUCAAGAGGAGGCGACAAUGAUCAUGUAUCACCCACGCGAACUCAAAGAGCGAAGCGAGUCAGGUAUAACGUGGGCGAUGCUGGUGAGGAAUCAGAUGAAGAUGAAUACAAUUCUCCAGAGGAUGAAAGUUCUGAGGAAGCCGACGAUGACGCUUUGUCGGAGGAUGACUUGGAUGACGUCCAAGCGAGAAGAUCUAAUGGCAGAAACUCGGGGAGGUCGUCGACAAGAAUACGAAUCAACCAAAGAUCUAAUUCUAGAUCAAGUUCGCCUAAACGGCCAAUGAGAUCGAGACGAAACAACAGUGCAUCCGUGUACCAGGACGUCGACUCGGACAUUGACAUGGAGGAAGAAGUUGAGGCGCCAGUGAAAUCACGGAGACCGAGUAGAAACAACAAGGCGUCCGUGUACCAAGACGUUGACUCGGAGGAAGGCGAAUCUGACGAGGAAGAAGUAGUGGCACCAGCGAGAUCACGGAGAUCGGGCAGAAACAACAGGGCGUCGAAACCCAAAGACGUUGACUCAGAUGAAGACGCAUCUCACGAGGAAGAACCCGAAACUCCAACGAGGUCACGGAGAUCUAGAGCAAACAAGACAUCAGUCUACGAAGAAGUUGACUCUGAUGUCGACUUCGAAGAAGACGAAGAAAACAAUGACGAUGAUUCGGAAGACUUUGAAGCUGAUUAUGCGAAGGGGAAGAAAAAGGGAAGUAGAGGAACAAGGUCAAAGUAUUUCGAAGAUUCUGGAUCCGACAGUGAAGAGGAGCCAAGCAGAACAUCCAGGAAACGAUCAGGUGGUGCUACUAGUACAAAAUCAAUCAAACGAAGAAGACGAAGCAGCGAGAACAAGACCCAGGAGCUUCCUAAACUCAGUGAUUGGCCAGAGAUUCCCAUCAAGGACAUAUCGAGCGUGGCAAGAGGCAUUAUUGGGAAACUUGAAAACUUGGACACGGAUGACACUUUUGCCAUUCCUGUGCUUGAGUCAUAUCCAGAUUUGGCAAACGAUUAUCUGACGAUUGUUGACGUUCCAAUGGAUCUCCGAACUAUCCGAGAAGAGCGAGUGCCUCUUUACGAAAGCAUCAAAGAACUUCAGAAAGAUUUGAUCCUCAUGUUCAAGAACUGUUGUGAUUUUAAUGAAACGGGGACAGAUCUAUGGAACUAUGCAGCAACCAUGUGGACCGAAUUGAACCAAAUAUUUGUCGAUACUUGCGGCUCCCUCAACGUCCUUCUCCCACGUCGAUGGACACCAUGA